UGCGCGGCCCACGCGCGGCGUGUCCAGGCGCGGCGGGCCCAGGCCAGGGGACAGACCGAGCUUGCUCGGCCGGAAAGCGGGCAGCGCACGGAAUGAUCAACUUUUGCCCGCAAUGUGGCCAGAAGGUAGAGACAGCAUUUCAUUUCUGCCCUGUCUGUGGGAAUAAGCUGCCUAAAGAAGAUGAUGAGGAACCAAUGCAACUCACUCCAGAUCCGUCUUUAUCCUCUCUGAAAGCCCUGAGGCAGAAUGAGCCAGUUCCAGAAACAAGAAAGACAGUGGAGUGGAUAUCUUCUGAGAAAAUACCAGCUUCCACUUCAACUGAAGAGGAGGUUUGGAGCCCGCAGGCUGCUUCCCCAAGUACCAAGGUGGCAUCCAAGGCAAAGUUCGGUCCCCGAUCUCCCCGGCGGCUCAAGUCCACCUCUGUGGCACCUCUCCCAGAGGGCAAGAUCCUGACCGACCAGAAUAGCAAGCAGUGGAAACUGGGGAAGCUUCUGAACCAGAGCGUGUGUGGGCUGAUGUACGAAGCACAGUCAGCAUCUGGAGCCUGCCCUCAAAAGCAAAGAUACUUUCUCAAACUUGAUGCCAAAGAUGGCAGGAUCUACAAUGAGCAGAUCUUCCUGCAGCGAGCAGCAAAGAAAAUCACAGUGGAUAAGUGGAAGAGGAUGCACUCGGUGCCCUUGCUGGGGAUCCCAAAUUGCAUUGGCUUUGGACUCCAUGAGAGUAACUACAGGUUUCUGGUGUUCUCUGAGUUAGGACGAACUGUUCAGUCAAUCCUGGACGAUGGCACAAACCUACUGACGGAGAAACCGGUUUUCCAGAUCGCCAUCAGGGUGCUAGACUCUCUGGAAUACAUCCAUGGAAACGAGUAUGUGCAUGGGGACAUCACAGCAGAGAACAUCUAUGUGAACCCAGAUGACCUGGCAGAGGUCACCCUGGCGGGUUACUGCUUUGCAUUCCGAUACUGCCCAGGAGGAAAGCACGUGGCUCAGCGUGAUGGCAGCAGGACUCCUCACGAGGGCACCAUUGAGUUCAUCAGCCUGGAUGGGCACAGGGGAGCUGGACCAUCUCGCCGGAGUGACCUGCAGUCUCUGGGUUACUGCAUGGUGAAGUGGCUGUGUGGCUUCCUGCCUUGGACUGACGACCUGGCUGAUGUGCACAAGGUCAUGGAGCAGAAAGAGAGGUACCAAACAGAUGCGGUCGGGCUUCUGCGACUGUGCUUCGGCCGAAAACCGAUUCCAGAUGCCCUGCACAACUACCUGCAGCAAGCAAUGGCCUUGGCCUUUGAAGAGGAGCCAGACUACGAGGCACUGCGAAAGCUCUUGGGGAAGCCGCUGGAGAUGAAGAGAGCUUCAGCUUAUGACUUGGUGGACCUCAAGGUGGUGCCUUAGGUGGUUGGAAGAGCCUUAGAACACCUGGCUACUGACUUUUGGCCCAGAUCCAUAAAAGUAUUUAAACACGUGACUGCCAUGGAGGUGGGGUGCUUCUGGGGGGUGUAAAGCUAGGUUUUUACAUCCUGAGUCAGCAUAAUCACCUGCUUUGUCAACCUGUGCCAGAUAAUUUCCAACACAUAGCAUUUUUUUUUCUUUAGGGGGUUACUAAAGAGGAAGUAUAAGAGUCAGGAGUUGUAGCAGAUGUUCAUGGGGCUUAUUGAUGACUAGCUGUUACACAAGGAGAGUGCAGUUAUUUACAGUUGCAGACCGGAAACUGAACCAGUUCCACUGCACCUUGACAGAUAAGGGAAAGUACCUUAGGAACCCUGCUUCUCUGUGGUCCAGCUUUAUGAUCCACCUGCCAAACAAUCAGGCUAGUUCUAGGAGAGCAGCUCAAGCUCUGGAAGAAGCCAGGCUUUGUAAGUUAUGUGCCUCUUGGGAACGCAAUAUUCUCAAAUCCAGCUUGUGAAAGUGACAAUAGCAUCCUGCUUGAUAAGCUGCUGCUUUUCAACCUGUAAAUGCUCAAGCUGGUAGCUGUAGAAAAUA